UGCAGCCAGGGAGCCCUGCCAGGCCAGACGCUGAGCGCUCCGGUUGUCCCUUCCCCGGGCCAUGGAGCCUCAUCGGAGCCACAUCGCUGCCCUCUGCACCGUGCUGCUCUGGGCCGCCUGCACCACGCAGGAGGGAGCCGGCCCCGGCAACGACUUCAACAUCCAAGCUGCCCUGCUCCUGGGUGAGGAGCCCCAGGACCCCAAAUGUUUCACGCGCUGCCUGGAGGACCUGACCUGCUUCUGGGAGAGCAGCAGCCCCCCGAGCGCCACCGAAUACGGCUUCUUCUACGUCGUGGAGGGGGACGCCCCACAGCACUGCAACGUGAGCGUGGCCCGGACGCCCUGGAACAGCACCCGCUUCAGCUGCGUCUUCCCCCCCCAGGACACCCCGUCCUUCACCCUCCUGCACGUCAGCGCCUUUGCCGGCAACAGCAGCAACAUCAUCCACGCCCGCAACAUCAUGAUCAACCAAGUGGUUCUCCUGGACCCGCCAUCCAACCUGACGGCGCGCGCGCCCGAGAGCCCGGGGCAGCUGGCGGUGAGCUGGCAGCCGCCCGGCCUGCGCUACCUGGAGAGCAGCCUGCGCUACGAGGUGGCCUUCGCCCCCGAGGGCGCCGAGCGCCAGACGGUCGACAUCCCCGACGGCCGCACCGAGUGCCUCAUCCUCAACCUGCGGGGCCGGACCCGCUACACCCUGGCCGUGCGCGUCCGGCCCGACGGCGUCAGCUACAGCGGCUACUGGAGCGCCUGGUCGGCGCCGGUCACCGUGGUGACGCCCCACGAUCUGGACCCCCUGAUCCUGUCGCUGUCGCUCAUCCUGGUGCUCAUCGUGGUGCUCCUGGCCCUCUUUGCCCUUCUCACCCACCGCAGGUUUUUGAAGAAGAAGCUGUGGCCGGUGAUUCCCAGCCCGGAGCACAAAUUCGAGGGGCUUUUCACCCUCUACAAGGGAAACUUCCAGCUCUGGCUGGGACACAGGAACGCCUACCUGUGGUGGAGCGCGAACCCUGGCUACUUGGAGGAGCCGCCCACCAUGCUGGAGGUGCUGUCUGAGGGCCGCGAAUCCAAGGCGGAGGGGCCGGUGCCCCUUCUGCCCCCUAAAGCCCAGGGCUUGGUCCUGCCCACCCGCCCUGAGCCGCCCGUGGAGCCCCAGGAUGACUACCUGGUGCUGGAUGAACAGCUGAUGCCAUGCAGUCUGGGUGAGGCCUCUCUGCUCCUGCCAGAUGCCCAAAGCAGUGCGGGCUCUGAAAGCCCCCCUGCCAUGGGGCAGGAGCUGGGCCCCCCGGGGGCUACACCGGAGCCUGUCCCGGAGGAGCGGGUCUCGUCCUCCUCCAGCUUCGAGUACACCGUCUUCGACCCCAGUUCGGAGCUGCUGGCCCCCUGUGGGCACCAGCGCCCGCUCAAAUACAGCUACCUGCUGGUGUCCGACUCAGGGAUCUCCGCUGACUACAGCCCCCUGGGCACCAGCACCCACCGGCCCAACCUCUACACCAACCUGUGCCAGGAUGGGUGCCAGGCCCAGCCCUUCCCAGCCAGCUAUGUGGUGUGCUCAUAG